CAAAUUCAAAAGAUUGAAAAGACAAAAUCCAACGUGCAGGGUUCCUUUGCAGCCCUUGCUGUAAGCCUGUAAUUCAACCUCAAUCAGCUGCCUUUAUUUAUUACGACAUAUACCCAUAAUCAACGUCAGUUUGGUUGGUACAGAUCUCGAUUAAUAUCAUUAUUUUUUUCUCACGAGAAAAACAAAAAAUGUUUCAGAAAAUAAUACACAGCUCAUAAAUUCUCAUUUGCAUGUGCUAAUAUCUAUCAGUCUCAUUUACAGUGACACAAGAUUAGAACAACACAAAGUUGGGAACUUUAUUUUUUCUUUUCAGAGAAAUUUGCAAGAAUUUUGAUUAAUCAGAGGUUGCUUUCAUGGUGUGGUGUGGUGUACUAAAUAACAUUAUUCUGGAUUUGGGUUUCUGCUGGUACACUAUCUAUUUGAAGAAUUGAUUGGAAAAAAAGAAAAGAAGGGAUUUUUCAAAAGAGAUUCUUUGAGAAGUAGAAUUCAGUGAGAAGAUAAAUUCACAAUGUUGUGUGCUUGCUCUGGAGAGCAAUUCAAGUUCGAUGAGGUUCCGCAAUCGCCAGAAUCGCUUGCAACAAGAGAUUUCUCUGCCAGUGGUCUUUCAUCAAGGGCUGGAGAUUGGGAAUCAAAGUUUGAAGAAAGCCAGGUUGAUGAUGUUGAGUCCACUUUAAAAGAAGCUCUAUCUUUGAAUUAUGAGGAGGCAAGAGCAUUACUGGGGAGGCUUGAAUUUCAGAGAGGGAACUUUGAUGCUGCACUUCAGGUGUUUCAAGGGAUCAACACUCGCAGUAUAACACCAAAGAUGAGUGAAGCUAUUGCAGGAAGACCACGUCGGAAGAAAGGCCGUUCCAAAAGUGAGAAUUUUCAGGUGGGCUUAAUGUCAAUGCAUUCGGUGAGCCUCCUACUUGAAGCCAUCUUGCUUAAAGCUAAAUCAUUGGAGGCUCUUGGUUGUUCAAAAGAUGCUGCAAAAGAAUGUCGAAUUAUUCUGGAUACUGUUGAAUCAGCGCUGCCAGAUGGAAUGAUCGAGGGCAUUGCUGAAGACUGCAAGUUGCAAGAUGUGUUUCACAAAGCACUAGAAUUGCUUCCGAAAAUAUGGAAGCAGGCUGGUUUCCUUGAUGAAGCUAUUAUUGCUUACCGUAGGGCUCUAACGAAACCCUGGAACUUGGAUCCCCAAAAGAAGGCAGAUAUCCAAAAAGAUUUAGCUGUUAUUCUACUACAUGGUGGUGUUGAAGCAAGUCUUCCUCAUCAUUUGCAAAUGUGGGGCCCAACUACCCCCAAGAAUAACUUGGAGGAAGCUCUUCUUCUUUUGUUUAUACUCAUGAGCAAAAUGGCGUGUCAGGAAAUAGUUUGGGAUCCUGAAGUCAUGGACCAUCUAGCUUUUGCAAUUUCCAUAUCAGGGAAGCUCGAAUUUUUGGCUGAUCAUUUCGAACAGGUUCUUCCUGGUGUUUACAGCCGCUCUGAAAGGUGGUACUUUCUUUCUCUUUGUUACACGGCAGCUGGUCAAGAUGAAGUUGCCUUGAACCUUUUAAAGAAAGUAUUGGGUCCAUCAGAAUCUAGGAAUGAACCCCAUCUUCCUUCACUUAUGCUGGGUGCAAAGCUAUGUGGUCAAAAUCCCAAGCAUGCUACUUUGGGUCUAGAUUUUGCUCGGAGAGCAAUUGAAGCAACGAACCAUAAAAAUGAACAUCUUAUGUGGAGGGUUCAUCAAUUGCUUGGUGUUUGUUAUGGAGUUUCUGCUAGAGUUUGUUUGUCGGAUUCCGAAAGAUUUUUUCUUCAAAAUGAAUCUUUGAAAUCACUUAGCGAGGCUGCCAUGAUUGAGAGUGAAGACCCAGAAAUAAUGUUUAACAUAGGGCUGGAGAAUGCUGUGCAACGAAACCUGAAUGCUGCUUUAGAAAGUGCAAAAAGGUAUUCUGACGCAAUAGGAGGAAGCUCAGUACGAGGGUGGAAAUUACUGGCUUUGGUGAUAUCAGCAGAACAACGUUUUGAAGAUGCUGAAACUUUAGUUGAUCUUGCUUUAGAUGAUUGCGGAAGAAGGGACCAAUUGGAACUUCUUAGAUUGAAAGCAGUGCUUCAAGUUGCUCAGGAACAGCCGAGGCUUGCAAUAUCGACAUAUAGAAGUUUGCUUGGGUUGAUUCAAGCUCAAAAGAAUCUCCAAACGAACAACUUUCAUCAGGUAAUGGCUGAUGCAAAUUUAGAAGUGGAAGCAUGGCAGGAUUUGGCUAACAUCUACACGAAACAUGAAUCAUGGCCUAACGCAGAGAUUUGCGCAAAUAAAUCUAAGUCAAUCAAGUAUUAUUCUCCUAAAAGUUGGCAUGCAACAGGGAUGUUGUUUGAAGCUCAGUCCUUGUAUAAAGACGCGCUUGUGGCGUUCUCGCUCUCAUUAUCAAUCGAUCCAGAUUAUGUACCAAGCAUGAUUUCAACAGCAUCAGUGCUUAGGAAGCUCGGGAAGAAGUCACUCCCAAUAGCAAAGAGUUUUUUGAUGAAUGCUUUGCGAUUAGAACCCACAAAUCACGAAGCAUGGUUGACAUUGGGACAUGUCUCGAAAAUGGAAGGUUCGCUAGAUCAAGCUGCAGACUUUUUCCAAGCAGCACAUGAACUCCAACAAUCAGCUCCUGCUCAGAAUUACGUGUGAUAUUUUUCUUUGAAUAUCUAGAUGAAGUUGCACUUCCACGACAAGAGCCGUAAAACGACAAAAUCUGAUGAAAUAUUUUGCCAAAGCUAUCCCAUGAGGUGUCCCUAUGUAAUAAUGUAUGCGGUUCUUUUUUGUAAAUGGGAUAUGUAUAGAAGUUAGGUUAGUAAGAUGAAGGUACUGUGAAUGUAAUAGAGGCAUUUAGGUGCAGCAGAGAGAAUCCGAAACUCCUUUGUGGCCAAAGGAGAUGACAUUUGAUUGCAUAUAGACUUCUGCACCACGCUGAUUAUUGGAAAGAGUUAAUAUAAGUAGAGACUAUAAUGUUCGUUUGAAA